AUGGAUGAUAGCAGCAGUACGGCGAGCAACGUCGCUCGGGCCAUCGCCGCCGCUUUCGACUGGAGCUCCCCUCCCGAUACCCGAAAGGCCGCCGUCGCCUACUUGGAAUCCGUUAAAAGUGGAGAUAUUCGUGUUUUGGCAAAGACAUCUCUUCUUUUGGUCCGCAAGGAUUGGUCAUCUGAGAUUCGGCUACAUGGAUUCAAAAUGUUGCAGCACUUGGUUCGAUUUAGGUGGGAUGAAUUUAGUAUUGCAGAACGGAGUGAAUUUGCAAAUUUAACCCUUAAUCUAAUAUUAGAGAUGGUCAGUCCUCGUGAAGAAUGGGCAUUAAAGAGUCAGACCGCUGCUUUGGCUGCUGAGGUUGUAAGGAGAGAAGGGGUCACUCUUUGGCAUGAGCUGCUACCAUCUUUAGUUUCUCUAUCCAAUAAAGGUCCUAUAGAGGCUGAGUUGGUUGCAAUGAUGCUGAGAUGGCUUCCUGAAGAUAUAACAGUUCAUAAUGAAGACCUGGAAGGUGAUCGCCGUAGGGUACUGUUACGUGGACUUACAGAAUCAUUGACAGAGAUUUUGCCACUUUUAUACAAAUUACUUGAAAAACACUUUGGAGCUGCUUUGAAUGAAUAUGCUAAACAACAGUUAGAUAUAGCAAAACAGCAUGCGGCCACAGUAACAGCUGCUUUGAAUGCUGUGAAUGCAUAUGUUGAAUGGGCUCCUGUUCCUGAUCUUGCCAAAUAUGGUCUGAUUCAUGGAUGUGGGUCUUUACUUCCUUACAAUGAGUUUCGCCUCCAUGCUUGUGAAUUUUUCAAACUUGUUUGUCAGAGGAAAAGACCUACUGAUGCUACUGCAUCUGAGUUUGAUUCUGCAAUGAAUACCAUCUUCCAGAUGCUGAUGAAUGUAUCCAGAGAUUUUUUAAACAGAUCUAGGUCCAAUUUUCAUGCUAUUGAUGAAAGUGAAUUUGAGUUUGUAGAAUGUAUAUGUGAGAGUAUGGUUGCUUUGGGUUCUUCUAACAUGCAAUGCAUCAUUGCUGAUGGAACCAUGACUUCUCAAUUUCUUCAACAGAUGCUGGAGUAUUACCAACAUUUUAAAAUUGCACUUCACUUUCAAUCUUUGCUCUUUUGGCUGGUGGUGAUGAGAGAAUCGCUAUCCAAGAGAAAAGCUGCUACACAUAUUGCUGGGGACAACUCAGCUGGCAGUAAUUUGGGCUUUGGUUCCGGACUAGCAGAAAAGGAGAAAAAAGGGGUGUCAGCAUUCAUUAAUGAUGAUAUCUGCAGUGCUAUUUUGGAUGUUUCCUUCCAGCGAAUGCUCAAGAAAAAUAUUGUAGUUGGAAACUCACCAACUGCUGAGGCAUUAGAACUGUGGAGCAACGAGUUUGAUGGAAAAAGUGACUUUAGUCAGUAUCGUUCUAGAUUGUUGGAGCUGAUAAGACUUAUUGCUUUUCGAAAGCCACUUGUUGCCGCAGGAAGGGUUUCACAUAGAAUUGACUCAGUUAUUAGAAAUUUUGUACAUGCAUCAAUGUCAGCUCAGGAGUUAGUUGUAGUGGAAAGCAUGCAAUUGGGCCUUGAAACGGUUGUAGGUGCAAUUUUUGAUGGCUCAGCUGAAUUUGUAAGCAGUGCUCCUGAAACCAAGUUUCAAUUACACAGUACUCUUGAAGGUCUUCUUCAGCAGCUCCUUUCUUUGAAAUGGACUGAACCAACACUUGCAGUGACACUUGGGCGGUACUUGGAUGCAUUUGGUCCCUAUCUGAAAUACUAUCCAGAUUCAGUUGCUGGUGUUGUCAACAAACUUUUUGAACUUUUGACAUCACUCCCACUUGCAAUCAAGGACCCUUCCUCAAACAAUGCUCGACAUGCUAGGUUGCAAAUUUGUACAUCUUUCAUCCGGAUUGCCAGAGCUGCCGAUAAAAGCCUUCUUCCUCAUAUGAAGGGUAUUGCUGACAUGAUGGCUUAUCUCCAAGGAAAGGGUCAGUUACUUCGUGGUGAGAAUAAUCUUCUAGGUGAAGCAUUUCUUGUCAUGGCAUCAUCAGCUGGGAUUCAACAACAUCAGGAAGUGUUAGCCUGGUUACUUGAACCUUUAAGUAAACAGUGGACAUCAUUAGAAUGGCAAAAUGCUUACUUGUCUGACCCAUUUGGUCUGCCACGUCUUUGCUCCGACACACAAUUUAUGUGGUCAAUUUUCCAUACUGUAACAUGCUUUGAGAAAGCUCUAAAAAGGAGUGGAACUAAAAAGGCUAUGAUGAAUCUGCAAGGAUGCUCCACACCCACAGAUAUUUCCACUUAUCCCCAUCCCAUGUCUCGUCAUUUAUCAUGGAUGCUGCCCCCUCUAUUAAGGCUGCUUCGUUCUGUGCAUGCUCUUUGGUCUCAACCAAUAGCUCAAGCUUUGACAGGUGAACUAAGAGCAGCGAAGAGUAUGAGCCACGUUGAGCAGGCUACUCUUCUUGGGGAAAGCAAUAUUAAACCACCAAAAGGUCAGUUGAGUUUUGCUGAUGGGUCUCAGAUGGACAUGAACAGGGAAGGAGAGUCAAAUGAAAACGACAUAAGGAACUGGUUGAAGGGUAUCAGGGACAGUGGGUAUAAUGUCAUAGGCCUCUCAGCAACUAUUGGAGAUGCCUUUUUCCGAUGUGUAGAGAGUCCUUCUGUUGCACUAGCCCUUAUGGAGAAUGUCCAAUCAAUGGAAUUCAGACACAUACGCCAACUAAUUCAUUUAGUUAUUAUUCCUUUGGUCAAGUUCUGUCCUGCGGAUUUGUGGGGGACAUGGCUUGAAAACCUCUUGCAUCCAUUAUUCCUCAACUGCGAGCAAGCUCUUACUUGUUCAUGGUCCUGUCUUCUGCACGAGGGUAGAGCAAAGGUUCCUGAUACCUUCGGUAAUCUUUCUGGAUUGGAGCUAAUGGUGGAAGUAAUGGAAGAAAAGUUGCUGCGUGAUUUGACUCGUGAGAUAUGUUCUCUUCUCUCAGUUUUAGCUUCACCAGGUUUAAACAGUGGACUUCCAUCCUUGGAGCAACUUGGGCCCGCCAAUCGCCUGGAAGUGUCUUCGCUCAGAGAUUUGGAUGCUUUUGUCUCAAAUUCUAUGAUUGGCUUUCUCAUUAUGCACAAAGGUCUUGCUCUUCCUGCAAUGAGGAUAAGUAUUGAAGUGUUUGCAUGGACAGAUGGUGAAGCAGUGAAUAAAGUUAUCCCUUUUUGUGGAUCUCUCAUUCUUCUUGCUAUAUCAACAAAUAAUGUGGAACUUAGAGAGUUUGUUGCUAAGGAUUUGUUCUAUGCAAUAAUUCAAGGUCUCGCCCUGGAGUCAAAUGCUAUUAUCAGUGCCGAUCUUGUUGGUCUUUGUCGUGAAAUAUAUGUUUAUCUAGCAGAUAGAGAUCCAGCACCUAGACAGAUUUUGUUGUCCCUUCCUUGUAUUAAACGAGAAGAUCUACUUGCUUUUGAGGAUGCUCUGACAAAAACUAGUAGUCCUAAAGAACAAAAGCAACAUAUGAGGAGCUUGCUUUUAAUAGCUACUGGAAACAAGUUGAAAGCUCUUGCUGCUCAGAAGAGCACAAAUGUCAUAACCAAUGUGACAGCUAAAACCCAUAGCUCAGCCGCUGGACCCAGUGUUGAAGAAGAUAAUGUCAUUGGAUUAGCAGCAAUAACGUGAGACAUCCAUCAUUUGUGGGAUUCAUAUGUUUCCAUUGGCUGAUCGCCUGUACAAAAAUAGAUUUCAAGGCCUCAAACAGAGUGAUAACCUGAAGGCUUUUCAACAGACGCACAGACAAAGUGAGUGCAGGGGCUGCACUGGCUGCAGACAAGAGGAGAAUCGUGUAGUGUUUAGAUAAUGAUAUUAUAACUGUUACAGUUUCAGCUGUUGUUGUCGAACCAGCUAUAUAUGGAACUUCCAAUAGCUUGAAAAAAAGAAAAAAAAAAUCUCCGAUAAUUAUCUACAGAAUGGAACCCGGUGAAAUGGCUGUGCUCAAAGCUUGAUUGACUUGUAAAAGAAAUUGUUCCUACUCGGUUCCGCUGUACAUUUAAAUUUUAGUCUAAUUUUGUGCCUCUGAAAUCCAUUGGCUUCGCA